AUGGACGAAACGUACAACGUGUUCGUGUCACACAUUCAAGCCUUGGAACUGGUGAACGACAGCCUUGACCCACUGUUGCAGUUCGAUUUGGAGAAGGAAAUGGGGGAUUUUGAGGACAAUUUCUAUGAAUUGAAGGCGAAGUUGCAGGCCAUCUGUGCUGUCCAACCACCUCAUCACUCUUCGGCGUCCAGCAUUAGUUCUGGCAUAGCCUACGGUGCUCUUCGGCUCCCGAGCAUCUCCAUUCCGGACUUUGACGGGGAUAUUUUGAAGUGGGUCUCGUUCUACGACAUUUAUUCCUCGCUUAUCGACUCGAACCCGGAACUGUCUGACAUUCAGAAGUUCCACUACCUGAAGCACGCGCUCGUGGGAAAAGCUGCCGAACACAUCGCGAACCUCAAGGUUUCUGCUGACACCUACGGCAUCGCGAUGGAGAUUCUGACGGAUCGGUACCAGAAUCCAAAAGUUCUUGUCAAGUGUCACCUGAACUCUCUUUUCGCGAUCCCCAAGAUAGAAGCUCAGUCUGUUGAUUCUUUGUCAAGUUUAGUGGACAGUUUCCAGAAGGAUAUUGGUGUGCUGAAGAAGCUUGGUGAGAAAACCGAUGGAUGGAGUACGAUUCUCAUGCACAUGAUGUCGGCGCGUCUGGAUGCAGAUACCAAGCGGGAAUGGGAGCGUGAAGGAGAGCUGAAGAAGGUGCCGACGUACACUCAGCUGGUCGAUUUCCUGAAGAAGCGGAUUUCCCAGCUGCAGUCGGCUGAAAUCGACUCGAUUCCACGAAAUUCCAAGCCUUCAUCGAGAGCGGUCCACACUACAACGUCGUCAGCGAGAUGUUCGUGCGUAGUUUGCGGUGGAAACCAUCAGCUGUUCUACUGCGACAAGUUCCGGAGUUUCACUGUGGCUGAACGAGCUGGCAUCGUUGCAAGGAACAAGCUCUGCAUCAACUGCAUGGCGGACAAGCACAGUCUGGCAAGUUGCAAGCAACGUUCCUGCAAAUUCUGCGGAAGAAGACACAACACUCUCCUACAUCGAAACGUUCCUGAUCAAGCGAAGAAGCAGUUCAACUGUGCGGCUCGCAGGGAAGUUCCGUCAACUCAAACCAGCCGUCCAGAUCAGCAAUCGUCAACUUCCGGUCAAGAUGAACAAGUUCUACCAAGCACAUCAACCUCUUCUGUCCAAACUCUCGUGACGUCUCGAUCUAACCGGUCUCCCACGCGCCAAGUUUUCCUCUCGACUGCACUCGUCAAAGUCGUCGGGCCAAAGGGUAAAACCGCAGUAGCUAGAGUUCUUCUCGACAAUGCUUCUCAACCCAACCUCAUGACGGAGCGCUUCCGUCGCAUCCUGAAUCUGCGGAAAACACCAGUCAGCACGGAGCUGUACGGAGUUGGAGCUGAAUGCAAAUCAGUUGCCUACUCGGUGGUCGCCACCGUGUGUUCCCGAUUCAACAAAUACCGAACGGUCCUCGAGUUUCUCGUCCUCCAAAAGGUCACAACCAACCUACCGACCACUUCCGUCGAAACCGACGAUUGGGACAUUCCAAGUCACGUCCAGCUAGCGGAUCCGACUUUUGCGACAUCGAACCCAAUCGACAUGGUCAUCGGCAGCGAAGUAUUCUUCGAACUACUGCGCAAGGGACGCAUGCGCAUCGACGACGACAAGCCAAUGCUCCAAAAUUCCGUAUUCGGUUGGCUCGUCUCCGGCGCGUUCCGUGGUACCAGCGUAUCCAGUCGACUCGUCAGUCACGUUACCACCAUGGAAAGUCUCGAGCAGCAAGUCGCACGGUUUUGGGAAAUCGAAUCUUGCGGAACCAAUUCGAUUUGGUCGCCGGAGGAAAAACUCUGCGAGGAAAUCUAUACGACUACUACAAGCAGGGACAAGACUGGUCGUUACGUCGUGGAGCUGCCGAAGCAUUCAGAGCUGAUGAGUCAACUUGGUGACUCUCGCUCUAUUGCUGUCCGACGGUUUUACGCGAUUGAACGCCGCCUGCAACGAGAACCGGAACUGCAACGCCAGUACGACGCUUUCAUGGCCGAGUAUCUGUCUCUUGGCCACAUGAAGCUCGUCGAUCCAGUGGUAGACAUUCCCGGUCAGCACUACUACCUGCCACACCACGCUGUGGUCAGGCCAGACAGCACGACAACGAAGCUCCGUGUUGUGUUCGACGGUUCGUGCAAAACGACAUCCGGAUUCGCCCUCAACGACAUUCUGCUGAAGGGACCCACAAUCCAGGACAUUUUGCUGUCGCAGUUGUUCCGUUUUCGCAUGAAGCCGGUCGUCAUCAAAGGUGACAUCGAAAAGAUGUACCGCCAGGUGCUGGUAGCAGAAAGCGAUCAAGCGUUUCAGAGGAUUGUUUACCGCAGCUCUCCCACCGAUCCGCUCCAAACCUACCAGCUCAAAACCGUCACUUACGGUACAAAGACGGCACCGUACCUAGCUACGCGAUGCCUCGAGCAGCUCUCGAUCGACGAGGCUGCCAACUAUCCCGCUGCAGCUCCCGUUGUUAAGAGUAGCUUCUACGUCGACGACCUCCUGGCUGGGUUCGACUCGCUCGACGAAGCUAUGGCAGCGACCAAGCAGAUUAUCCCGAUGCUGGCGUCCGCUGGUCUUUCGCUACGGAAAUGGUCAUCUAACCGCCGCCAGAUCCUCGAAGACAUCCCAGUGGAGUACCGGGAAACCCAAAAACUUUUGGAGCUCGACAAUUCUGCUCCGAUCCAAGCACUCGGACUUCUGUGGGAGCCAAACUCGGAUGAUCUUCGCUUCAAGGUGCCGGAGUGGUCGCACGACAAGCCUCCAACCAAGCGGAGUGUCCUCUCACAGACAGCUAGCCUUUUCGAUCCAUACGGACUCCUGGGUCCAGUGAUUGUUAAAGCGAAGAUUUUCAUCCAACACAUUUGGGAGUUGAAGCUGGGCUGGGACGAUCCACUGCCGGACGAGCUCAGCAGUUAUUGGUUGACUUUCGUCCUGACACUGCCAGCGCUUUGCGAGCUGCACGUUCCGCGUUUCGCACUGACCGACAAUGCAGCAUCGGUUCAACUUCACGGAUUCUGUGACGCUUCUCUACAAGCGUAUGGAGGGUGCCUUUACCUGCGCUCAACAUCAAGCUACGGUAAAGUUGUAAUCCAGCCGGUUGCUGGCAAGUCUCGCGUUGCACCUCUGGAACGGAAGCGGCCUCUACUUCCUCGGUUAGAGCUUUGCGGAGCUUUCCGUCUCGCCGUUCUGCAGAAGGAAUUCCUGGACAGCACCGGCCUCGAGUGUGAACGCACGUUUUGGUGUGACUCAACGAUCACGCUGCACUGGUUGUCCUCCGAACCAUCGAGAUGGAAGACGUUCGUCGCCAAUCGCGUUGCAGAGAUCCAGCAACUGACGAAAGGUGCAGUUUGGAACUACAUUUCGACAGCCGACAAUCCAGCUGACCACAUCUCGCGUGGUCUUGACGCUCCAGAGCUUCUGCGCUGUGAAGUUUGGUGGCGAUGUCCACGCUGGAUGAUGCGUACUGUCAACGUCUGGCCUGCAUCCAGGCUCAGAUGGAGAGAUCUUCGGAUCAACCAAGCCGAUCUCGAACCCCGUCAGCCACCGCCUGUGCCCGCUUUAGUUGCCAACCCAACGACUCAGCAGAAAGAUUGGUUCCAGCACGCUUUCGAGGAUUACGAUUCGCUGUUCGAUGUCGUUCGAGUUCUUGGUUUUUGUAGACGAUUCGUUGCGAACGUGAACAACAAACAACUAGGUAACCCAAAGCAGACAGGAUACCUGACGGUUGCUGAGUUCCGCUCGGCUGAAGCAGCGCUCCUCCGCCACGUUCAAGCUUUGUCAUUUCCGGAAGAACUUCGUCUGAUGUCCAGAGAAGAACAAGUUCCGCGACGUUCGCCCCUGUUCCACCUCGCGCCGUUCCUGGGACCAGACAAGCUGAUCCGUGUUGGUGGUCGACUAACGAACGCAGAGAUUCCGUACGAUCAGAAGCACCCGAUCCUCCUGCCGAAAGGACACCCGGUAACGAACUUAGUGUUCCUCGAUGCUCACACGCAAACUCUCCACGCUGGUCCGUCGCAUCUGCUGGCAGCAGUUCGCCGACGGUACUGGCCAAUCGACGGUCGAAACAAGGCACGCAGCGUCAUCAAGGAAUGA